UUAAUGUGAUGGUAAAGGUAAUGUCAAUAAUUGUCAUUACGCACUUUCUUCAAUUUCCAAAAUAUUUAUUUUAUUGUUGAAUAAUGGUCUUAAAAGAAAAUUAAACGUAAUAGUAAUAACAAAAACUCAUUUUGCUUCUAUUAUUAACAUGACCGUAAUUCAAACAAUGAAAAAGUUAAAUGGAAAAAUUCCUGGUGUUUUACCGCCACCACCUAAGAGUGAAAUUGAUGGAAAAAUCGAAAAUCUAUCAAAAAAAACUAUAUCAGAAUUGCUAGACCUACGAGAUAGACAGUUAAAACUUUUAAAUAAUAAAGCUUUUAUAACCAAACUUGCGGAUAAGGGUGAAAAAAUACGGGUUCUCUAUGAAAAAAUUGAAAUUGAGUUGAAAUCUAAGCAAGAUGAGGAACAAACUUGCCGUUUAUUUAAUAACAUGAAAAUUGAUAAUAUUGACAAGGAAUCGGUAGCAAAUGUUGAAUGGGAAGGUAAAAUACAGAGAAAUCAAAACACCUACCUCGACUCUGAUGAUGAUAGUGACCCAGAAGAUGUUUUACAAAUACUAAGUCAUGGUACAUCUCAAGAAAAGAAAGUUAAAGUUAUACAGCCAGAUAAACCUUUAAUUACAGCUGAAGAUCUUUUUAGCAUUGGAGAAAUUCCAAUAGUCAAAAAAAUUGUAGAAAAAACAGAGGUUAAUAUAAAACCAAAAUUGACUGGCCAGUUUAAACCAUAUAAAACAACAAUAUCAGAUACUCAUAAUCCAGAAAAGGAAAUAUGUAGAAAGAGAAAUAAAUUCUGGGAAGUUACAGCGGCAACACCUCCGCCCUGUGUUCAUGGUCCAGCCAAAGUUUUAAAUUUAGAAGAAUCUUUGAAACUGCAACAAGAGCAUAAUAAACAUUUAAAAGAAAUUGAAGCACAACAUGCAGCUGAAAAGCUUUUGGCCCGGGCGAAUAUCAAAAUGGCAGAACUUCCAAAAGACAUUGCCAAAUUUGGAAAUUAUAGAGCAGACAGCGAUGAUACAAAAUCUGAUGAAUCCGAUCUAGAAGGUAGUGACAAGGAAGUUCUAGAUGAGGAGCCAGAAAGGGGAGGGGUUGUCUUUACAAUUAUGAAGUGAAUGUAAUUUUAAGAAAUGUGAUAAUUUGUAAAUAUUA